UACUGGGCUGGACCCUAUGACGCUCCACCCUUAUCUGGCCCAUGUUUGCUGACUCCACCUUACUCUCAGUAUAUAACUUUGCUAACCAGACGUCCAAGAAGACUUCUGCACACCAGACAUGUACCUGUACCUCCUGGGGCUGGUGGUUUUCUACUACCUGUACCGCUGGGUCAGGGAGCUACCCAGGGUCCCUGACAAGGGCAGCAAGUAUGUGUAUAUCACAGGCUGCGACACUGGCUUUGGCAACCUCCUGACCCGCCAUCUGGACAAGCAGGGGUUCAGAGUGAUCGCCGCGUGUUUCACCGAGAAGGGAGAAGAGGAUCUGAAGAAGUCCUGCUCGAGCAACCUGAUCACAGCACACCUAGAUGUUAGAUCUAAGGACAGUGUUGCCAAAGUUGCAGCGAUGAUCAAGGACAAAGUCGGGGAGCUCGGCUUGUGGGCUGUAGUGAACAAUGCAGGCGUGGCCGUUCCCUCUGGCCCGUGUGAUUGGCUGACUGUUGAUGACUACAAGCUCAUGCUGGACGUGAACCUGAAUGGGGUGAUCGCAGUGACGCUGAGCGUCCUGCCGCUUAUUAAGAAGGCCAGGGGAAGGGUGGUCAAUGUGGCCAGCGUGUUUGGGAGGAUCAGUGUUACGGGAGGCCCGUACCCUGUCUCAAAGUAUGGGGUGGAGGCUUUCAAUGACAGCCUCAGGUUAAAUAUGCUGCCUUUUGGUGUCAAAGUCCUCUGCAUUGAGCCAGGCUUCUUCAAAACAAAUGUGACUGACGUUGCUAUCCUGACCAAAAAUGUCAUGGUUCUGUGGGACAGACUUCCCCAGGAGGACAAAGAUGUCUAUGGAUUGGAAUAUCUACAAAAGUCGUUAGCAGUAUUAUCAGACAAAGUUGCCAAGAUCAGUGAUGGAGAUCUGAUGAAGGUGGUCAGCUGUAUGGAGCACGCUGUAUCCGCUGUCCGGCCCCGCACCCGCUACUCGCCAGGCUGGGACGCCAAGCUUUUCUGGCUGCCGCUGUCGUACAUGCCAACCUGUGUCACUGAUUACAUCAUACAGAAAGAAGCCAUUCCUCUUGCCAAGCAGAAGCAAUAAAUGGUGCUUUUUUUUGUAUCCAUGUGUGCACAUUAUAUACAAUUCAAACAA